AUGGCAUUGUCAUACCCCCAGGGAGAAUGCUUUUUCAAACGAAGCGCGUUGAAGUCUGCCGAAGGGAACCGCUUCGAUGCCGAGGACGAGAAACAAUUCUAUAGUACAAUGCUGGUGGAAGUGAUCUGGAACAAAGAGGCUUAUCAUGGGUCUAAGCAAUGCGGGAAGGCUCCACCACACAAAAGAUCCAAAUACAAGAUACUUAUGGAUAAAGGCGUACUCCUUGAUGAGAAUGGAAAAGCCGACAUCAGUGUCGGGGCACAUGCGUCUUCAUGGCAAACGAUGUAUGGGAACUAUAUCCAUCUUCCUUUCAACUACGGGCAUUACAGUCAGCCAUCGAGACGUGCUCAACACGAGCUUUGCACGUGGGGCCACAGAUUCAAGCUGAGAGAGUGCGGAGACGCAUAUGAGUCGUGGUUUAUGUUUGUUCCCGUUCCCACUAGCGACGAACAAUGGGUCUUCAUCGAUCGUCUUUGCUCUAUCCGUGCCAUUUAUAUACCAGUCUCCUAUAUGGCUAGCGAGAAAAGCCAGGAUCUCUGCACCUACCUGCAUGUGCGAUUCAACAAUAUGGCAGAUAUCGAACUUCAGUACCACAAAGAUGAAACUCCAGGAAAAUUCGCAGAGAUCUUUGACUUUGAGCCAGUUGACGAAACCACCACAACUUUAACAUGUCAUCAAGAAUUCGGCAUUGAAAAUGAUGUGAAGACUGCACUUGGGAUCAACGUCACCAAGCUAGUGACUACUUUGAUUGUUCCUCGACAGCUUCGCAAGCAAGACGCCUUUAGCUCCGGAGCUAUUAUUCUUGUGGAUUCCAGCCUUAUCCCAACUAAGGUUGCUUCGGCCAACCACGGUCUUAGUGUAAAGUGGACAGUGGGAAACCAUAAACCCCAUUGGCUUCUUAACUACCUCAAGAAUGCCCUUGUUAUCGUCAGUGGUUUGGUUCCCGUUGUGGGGCCGAUUCUGGCCAUGGGAGCCGCACUAGGUAUGGAGGCUAUCAUCAACCCGGAUGAGUUCAUGGACGAGCUCAGAGAACAAAUACCCUCGGUCGAGCUGGCAGAGGGCAUAAUCGCGGAAUUCAAAAAGCUCGCUGGUGAGAGCAAGGAUAAUAUGAAUGUUAAGAUCGCGAAGAUCGAUCAGCCAUCCUCCACUCCAGCUAUCUCCUUCGAGAGCAGCAACGACACUGACAAGGCGAGUAAACAACCCGUGGAAAAGGGAGUGCCAGAUGAGGCAACACCCGCGGAACUCGCCGCGAGCACUGUCAGCGAGGUGCCCUCGUACAAAGCUCUGUCCGAGGCAGAGUACCAGACAACCGUACAGAAGUACGUUAGAAAUGCUUUCACUGAGAAAGUUAUGGGUUUCUCGUAUCACUGGAAGACUGAUUACGAUCAUUUUCGCAAGUUGCUCGAGAGCCCUCCGGAGGAGCACAAGGACAAGACAUUGGAUGAACUCAUUCCACUGGUCAAGUCAAAGGACAUGCGAGAAAGACUUGAGUAUUUCCGGAAGAAAGAGUUCACCCCUGAGAUGGAGGAGGAAUUCCGCGCAGAUGAGAAAGCAAAGAUAGAGAAAAAGUUACUCUCGGACGCGGGAUAUGACACCGAGUUUAGGGAUGACGACUACAACUGGGCCGCGAAGUUACAAAGUGCUAUUGCGAGGCGGCAGCUGAAGAAUUCGCCAGGACUUGGACUUCCCGGAAUGCAUGUCCCACUGAGGAUGGUACAAGGCAUGAAUUAUCAGAUCACCUCGGAUCAAAGAUUUGGUAGGUAG